AUACUCACAUAUAAAUACACGAACUGCCAAACAGACAUCACACAACUAUCAGGUGUUCCAAGUUCCUACAGACUUCCAACCGAUAACCUCUAAGAUGAAAUUCCUGAUCGCGUGCGCUCUGGUGCUGGCGGUGGCCGCCGCUGAAGACUACCAUGUGACGUUAGACGACAACUUCGACUUCACCAAGCUCAGCCACGACGAGCUCACCGCUGUCGCCAAGUGCUUCAUGAACCAGGGACCCUGCAAUGAACUGAUGCUGAGCUACAAACAACACUACCCCGGCGUAGUAAUCGACGCCUGCAAUCGCUGCAAUCCCUCGCAGAAGAAAACCGGUAAGGUAUUCUACGGCCGCCUCCAGAAAGAGCUCCCCGAUGUCUACCAUCAACUCAGGAAGUACAUGGACCCCGAGAACAAAUACUUCAGCAACUUCUUGGCCGCUAUGGACCUUUCGGAAUAAAAAAAAAACAAAUGAAAAAAAAUCGUACUUAAUUCAAAAAUGUUCUACGGCCAUAA